GCGGGACGCGCCGCUGGCCCUGACAGUCCGCGUCGCAGCCGCCUGCGCUGGCUUUCUCCUCUCCUCGCGCGCCGGCCAUGACGGGCUCACUGUUCAAGGGGAACUUUUGGAGUUCAGACAUCCUCAGCAGCAUUGGCUAUGAGACCAUCAUCCAGCAUCUGAACAAUGGCCGCAAGAACUGCAAAGAGUUUGAAGACUUUUUAAAAGAAAGGGCAUCAAUUGAAGAGAAAUAUGGCAAAGAUCUGCUCGGCCUCUCUAGGAAGAAGCCAUGUGGACAGUCUGAGACCAACACCCUGAAGCGGGCCCUUGACGUCUUCAAGCUACAAAUAGACAGUGUGGCACAAAGUCACAUUCAGCUUGCACAGACUCUAAGAGAAGAGGCCAGGAAGAUGGAAGAAUUCAGGGAAAAGCAAAAGUUACAGCGAAAAAAGACGGAACUUAUAAUGGAUGCUGCCCAUAAACAAAAGAGCUUACAAUUCAAGAAAACCAUGGAUGCAAAGAAGAACUACGAGCAGAAAUGCCGAGACAAAGAUGAAGCAGAGCAGGCUGUCCACCGGAGUGCCAAUGUGGCGAACCCGAAGCAACAAGAAAAGCUUUUUGUGAAACUGGCAACUUCAAAGACUGCAGUAGAAGACUCAGACAAGGCGUACAUGCUGCACAUCAACACUCUGGAUAAGGUCCGUGAAGAGUGGCAGAGCGAACACAUCAAGGCCUGCGAGGUGUUUGAGACUCAAGAAUGUGAACGAAUAAACUUCUUUCGGAAUGCACUGUGGUUACACAUGAAUCAGCUGUCACAACAAUGUGUCACAAGCGAUAACAUGUAUGAAGAAGUCCGUAAGAGUUUAGAAAUGUGCAGCAUUGAGAAGGACAUUGAGUACUUUGUGAAUCAGCGCAAAACUGGACAGACUCCACCAGCACCCAUCAUGUACGAGAAUUUCUACUGCCCCCAGAAGAAUGCUGCCCCACCAGGAAAGGCUACGGGGUCUGACUUGGCAAGGAGAAGACCUCUCCCAAUUCCUAAAAGUUUACCAGAUGACCCUGAUUAUUCUUUGCCUGAUAACUACAGUUUGAUCUAUCAGUAACAUCAAUGAAAACAAAGCUUUUUGUGGUUGGCGCUUCUGUGGCAUGGAAGGAGGCACUUAAAGCAGCAGAAUCUGUAGAAAUUAUGUCAAUCAGGAAGACUUUGAAGUGAACCCUUGCUAUAAUUUUUUGAUAUUUUAAAAUUUAUGGUAGACAUUUAGUUCAACUUAACCUAGUAGAGUUCUCCAGUUUUUAAAAGAAGUUUGCAAAUUGCCCAACACUGAAGAAUUAUCCUUUUCCAAUCAAGUUACUAAAGUUGUGAAUGAAUUGUGUUUUCUGCUUGAUUCAAGAAAGUCUGUGGAUUUGAAGCAUUGACUCUUGGGAGUUGGGGCAGGGAUGGCUGCAGAGAAGUCUGAGCCAGCAAGUCAGCAACUCAAGAAGCUCCUUUGCCUUUUGGGGGCAGCGUGGCACAUACUCAGUGGUGUAAGAUUUAAAAUCACCUUCCUUUUUGGCUGGAAGAUUUAGAGGCCAUCUGAUAACACUUUCUCAUUUUACAGAUGAGGAAUUGAGUCCCAGAAUGUGAAAUCGAUUUCCUUAUAGUUCUCUCAGCUGACUAGGGACAGACGCAGAGGGAGAGUACAAGCUCAUCCCACAUCACCAUCCUUCUAACCCUUCCUGAGACUGUGAUGCGCAUGUUGAAAUUUAAGACGCCAAAUGUUUUUGCCAGCAUCUUUUCACUUGGGAAAGUUACCAGGGUUAAAAUGUCAGAUUUAUUUUUAUAUGGCUCACUGUGUGUACUGAACUACAGAGCACCAUAUUUAAUCUAAUCUAAGAAACCAUUCGUUGUAAAACAUCCCCUUACUUUAUAUACCACUAAGAAAGUCAGUGGGGGAGUUGACACUUGUGACAAUUAAUGGCCAAGCCCAUUGGAAUCUGAGAUGCUAAAGUGUGGGGGGAAAAGUAUAUCCUAGAAUCAAUGAAACAUGGUAUUUUGACUUUAUCCCUGAAGAGAAUUUUAGACCUACAAAGCCACUACUCAAUCUUUGGUCUUCACAGAGAAUCUUUCCCUUGCUAGAUCCUGGAAUUUUUAAAGUGUCAAUCUUACCCUUUCACAAAUAUUUGGGUCUUCCUUUGGUCACCCACAAACAGCAGGGAGACUGGUCUAAUAUUUGCACACUGAGCAAAUGGUACAUUUUAGUUAAUGACAAGUUAAAAUAGCACUGGCAUUUAUUUGGGAUGUUGUGAAAUUCUGGUACCACAAAGAGCAGAUACCUUCCUUUUCUUCUCUGUGCAUAGCUUCCCCAGAACUAUGGACAAAGUGAUUGAAGGAAGAUCGAUUGUUUCCCCUUUUCAUAUAAGGUGCUGCUGAAAGUGGCGGGUUCUUGUCAUAACCAGAAGCUUGCAUCAGUUGGAUAGCCUUUUGAAAAACUGGAGUUUGCAAAGGGUCAUUGACUUCCCCAGAUUGAACAGGCUCAGGAAAUUUUCCUUUGAACUCAGAACACUCUAUUUUUAAGUAUUUUAUUUAUUGUUAGUAAUUCCAUAGAGAUUUCAAUUUUCUCUCUACUGGUCAGUGUAACUGAUGUAAAAAUAUCUUAAGAAUUGAAAAUAUCUUUAUUUUAUUGCUCUUCCAGUUCAAUAUGAAGUAAAAUAAAGGUUCCUGGUGAUUUGGGA